AGCAUGAAAUCCUCUAAGUGUACACCACGUAUCAUCAUCCAUGGCGGUGCUGGAAACAUAACUCGCGACAAUCUGGACAAGGAUGCUUAUCAAGCCUACCGAGCUGCCCUUCUGUCGACUCUGCAGUCUUCGUAUGCUCUGUUGGCGAAGCCCAGCGCUACAGCCUUGGAUGUUGCAACUCAUGCUGUUUCGAUGCUGGAAGAUAAUCCUCUUUUCAACGCAGGUCACGGCGCCGUCUACACAACCACAGGCACGCAUGAGUUGGAGGCUUCUAUAAUGGUCAGCAAAGGCUAUCACAAGCGCGGCGUUGGUGUUAUGGAAGUUUCUGGAGCGAAAAAUCCUAUCAAACUUGCACGCGAAUUAUUGAUCAGAGGAGAAGACGCAGAUGGAGGUGGUGCUGCGGGUCAUGUCCAACUGGCUGGCGACACUGCGAACAAGCUUGCAGAAACAUGGGGUUUGGAGACUGUGAGUCCUGGAUACUACUGGACCAAGCGACGAUGGGAUGAGCAUCGCAAGGGCUUGGGUAAAUCUACGGAUCGUGAGACAUAUCGCAAACACAAGAGACGGGCAGAUAAAUGCUCUUCGUAUAUUGCAGAGUGCGCCGCGGAUGCUAGAGACCUCAACACUCACGAUCCUUCUUGGAAUGGUCAAGACUAUCUCCCUCAAGGAACCGUGGGUGCAGUUGUUCUCGAUAGCGAUGGCAUGCUUUGCGUAGCCACCUCGACUGGCGGGCUUACGAACAAGCUUCCAGGCAGGAUAGGAUGGAUUGAAGAGAACCCGUUCGACCGCCCGCAUGGCAUGAUGUACCAGCAACCCACUUUGUCGCCAGCAGCAAGACUAGUCAAUGGCGACUUUGGUAGCGUCCUCCAAGAGUGCUUGCCCGGUUUCUCAUCGUACCUACCUGUAGCCUCUCAUGAGCCGGUCAAGCCGUUCUUAGCACCCCACGGAGUCGCUCUCUCAGGGACAGGUAACGUCGUAUCAUAUCUCACUCAUGUCCAACCCAUGCCUAACCUCCUCUUCUANGGUAACGGAGAUGCCUUCCUCAAGACGUCUGCAGCUCGUACAACUUCUGCGAUGACCCGUUUCUCUUUCCCACCUCUUCCUCUGGCGGUAUCGGUGUCGCGUAUGGCUGGUCCAGACGGUAUGCUCCAGCAGAGUGCCGAAGAGCGCUGGAAGAAGACUGGAGAGGGUGAAGGCGGAAUCAUCGGUAUCGAGUAUCGUUUCGGAGAGGGUACAGUGGUAGCGGACUUCAAUUGCGGAGGCAUGUUCCGCGCUUGGUUCGACGAUGCUGGCAAGGAGCGCAUGAUGGUGUUCAAGGAAGAGUUCUGA